AAAACUUCAUGUUAUGUAAGAAGACCUGAACUGUAGGCAGCCAGAUUACAGAGUAGCAAAAAUGGCUCUCCUCAAACCCACCCAUUUCAAGCACGAGGUUCCUGUACUGUUUCACGAGCCACAUGUGGAGGGAGGAUUUCGACCACUGCAUCAGCCAUGGGGUUACUACCUGGCCAGUUUGUUCCAGAGGCAUAAUGAGUGUUUAAACACCUGGACACACCUGAUCGCCCUGGUGAUGACUCUUCAGCGACUGUAUGAGUUUUCCCAGGAGUUUGAUCUACUCUACGACCCGUACAUGUGGCCGCUUCUGGCCGGUAUGAUCACCAUGAUUUUACUUUACAUAGGCAGCAGUGGUGCUCACUGUUUUCAGUCGCGCUCUGAACUCGUUCAUUACACCUGCUUCAUGGUAGACUAUGCUGGUAUUGGUUUGUAUGGUCUAGGCAGCACCAUCCUUCAUUAUGCUUACUGCAGUGACCCUUGGCUGUUCUCAUUUAUGAAGCACCUGUACCUUCCUGUUGCCAUUUUUCUCUCCAUACUAGUCUGUGUCUGUUGUAGCAUUUCCAAAACGAUGUACCAGCGCCCUUACCCGUUCACACGGAAAGUCUGGCAGCUUGCGUCCGUAAUUCUUGUUUACACCUGGCUGAUUUUACCUGUUGUCCACCGCCUCCUCAUCUGCCUUGAAACCAGCCAGUGGGACAACAGUAUUUCACAUCAUCUUCAGCAGAUGGUCUGGUUCAUCACAUCUGGUUUCUUCUUUGGCUCAGACAUUCCCCAGAGAUUCUAUCCGGGCAAAUUUGAUUUUCUGGGUCACAGCCAUCAGCUGUUUCACUUCUGUGUGAUGAUGACAUCCUACAAGCAGUUGGAUAGCGUGCUUCUCGACAUAAAGCAGUUUGAAAAUCAAAUCCGGGCCAGACCCAUGCCUUCAUUUUUCUCCACUACUGGUGCUGUAGUCUUUGUUUCCUUUGCAAAUACACUAGUGGUCAUGGCUUUUCGAGAGUAUGUUAAACGAUCUCACGUCAGCAGUUCAAAGAAGCAGAAUGGUUGUCAGAAUGGUAUUAAGCACGAUAAGAACAGUUAAGUCAAGAAGAAGUAGAUGGCCAAAAAGAUACAUGCACAUGUAAGAAGUUACGCUUGUGUGUUAAGUGUAGCACUGCAUUUGAGUUUCAUAUGCUAGUAUGGGUGAAACUCACCAUAUGUACAUGUACAUCAUGUUUGACCAAGAUUGGAAAACAGUCUUGCCUAAUUCUCAUAAACUGCUCAUGUUUCUACCCAUGGCUAUUGGACAUGCACAUAUACAUGUACAAUUGUACAUGUAACAUACAUGUAUGAUAAAGUUAGACAUACACUGGUCCCUAAGGGUGACCUUGACUAUUUAGUCAUUUGCUUUUGGUUUAUGACCCUUAAUGGCCAUUAAUCACUUUAUGAGUAUCACCCUGGUUCAUGUAGGUGUAUAUAUGUAUUUAUAUGUAUGACAAGGUCUUAUCUAUAGAAUUUGUUUACUUUUGUAAAAUAUGGGGCACUUCAUCAUCUUUUAAACUGAUUGUUUGAAACCGUAAUAUAUCCUUACCACCCAGCAUACAUGUUAGCUGUCUAGUUAAGUACACCCAAAAAAUCAUUGAUCUGGCUGGAUGCAUAAUGUUCAUACAAAAUUAUUUUUAGAACACCACUGAACACCAAUUAAAGCAAAAAAAGGGAACAAGAAUAUGCUCCACAUGCAAUUUGUACACAUGUACAUGGGACCUUUUUUACUUCAUGAUACAAGCAUGUACACGUACGUGUAAAAUUAGUGUGGUCAUCCUAAACAUGCUCGCCAUGAUCACAAAAGUGGCUGAGAUUUUAGUUUAAACCAAUUUUAAAGGAUACACAAAAAGGUAUUAUAACACUAAAGACUAUGGUUUUAAGGAGCAUAAAGAAUAGUAUGCCAAAGAAAAUUUUUCGAUUUUGAAGCAUAUUUUAUAUUUCUUAAUAAUCCAUCUGUUUUAUGCUUAUUUUAGGUCAAUGGUCAGACAUAUCUGAAAAUGAUGUCAUGAAUGAACAUGCUGGGAAGGCUACCAAAAGGCUCAAAGCUACCAUUUUUACGCACCACAAGGAAACCUGAUAAACUUUUUUGCAGUUUUAUAUAUUAGGCUACAUUACAUACUACAUGCCAAAAGGGUUUCAGGUACCCUUUAAGUCUGAGGACAGGGUUGGCGGGCUACAUUUGGCAUUGUAGUGACUGAUGUAAUGAAGUGUUUGUGAUAAGGUUGUCAGGACAAAUAAUGUCAUCAGACACAUUCUUCAUCUAUUCUUAGAUAGUUCUGACUGUGUAUGUAAAACUUUCAUCAAAAUCAGAUUCCCAAACACACUAAUUUUAAUUAUUGAAAAAUGAGAAAAUACCAAUUGAUUAAGGCUGGCCUAUAAACUACCAUUGUGCUGCAACAACUUUCAGAAUUGAGUGAAACCUGGUGUUGUUGCUGUAUAACUUUUUUGUAGGAUCUUAUUGCUUAGAAUAUUUUUUUUUAUAACUUUCUUAGCACUGUUAGUAAGAAACAUCAAUAAGGCAGUUGCAAAAUUACUUUGUUUUUACAAAAUUGGUCUACAUUAUGAUAAUACAUGUUGUUGUAAGAACUAUAAAGCAGGCUUGGUUGAUAUCUGACCCUAGAAAACUGGGAAGGGAUUGUGAUACUGGUAACUGUGCCUUCAAGAAAUAGCUAAACAUCGCCAACUGAACAUUGGUUUUCUCCGUUCCUUAUUAAAGAAAAAAAUCAAAGGCAGACCUUUGCCCAGAGUUGUCUCAUAUGGAGACUAAGACAAGACAAAUGGCUCCUUUAGAGUAAUUUGUCUAUAUACAGGUGUGCAUUAAACAUUCAAGCAACCAUCCAUAAAUUUUUUUUUUUAUAUAGGUAUGAAAAUGUUCAGUGACAUUUUCUUCAUUGUUCAGACUCAUUUUUUGUAUAGGUAAAUGUCCAAUCAUUACUUAUCUUUGUUCUUGUUCUUGAUAUAUUCAGUGUGACUGUUUUCCAUAAACCAAGGAAGUGUUUGCAUAUCUUGGACUUUCUCAGAAUAUUGUUACAGUGCUACAUAUGUAUUUUGUUAUGAUUAUCUUUCUUCCUAUUCUUUUUAGGUGGUUUAUUCAUGAAACCAUGGAGAACUAUGAGUGGGCCUAUUAUUAAAAUAGUGUUGAACAUUCAAAUAUUAGGGCAAGACAAAGGACUACCUUUAUACAUGUGUCUUGUGCUUCAGGAGAGCUGUCAUCUGCUUUUACAUGUACCUUCGUCACACUUUAUACAAAUUAUUCUGUUAUAUGCUUUUAUACUUUUGGAUCACAUGUCUGUCUUUCUUAAUUUUUCAGGUGUUGGUUUUUUAUGUACAUUUUGUUUGUUUGUUUUUCAUCUUUCUUUUUCUGUAACUAUAUACAGUGUACGUAAGUUUUCUGUGUAAAGGAUUUUGUGUGUUUAUAUUUUUAUCCUACACUAGAUAAUUUGAUAACAUCAGAUUCUAAGAAGUAUCAGUCAAAAUCCUCUAAGAGAGCUGUUUGCUAUUUUGUUGAAUUUUCAUAUCAUGUUGACUUAUUAAAAUUGCAGUGAUAAUUUCUUGCCUGAUCACUGAUGAUAGACAUUCUUUAUCAUAUCAUCAGACAGGUUAUCCCAUGUUAAGUUAUUGACUUAGAUAAAUGUGUUAGUCAUGAAGUCACUCCAUUCUCAGAGGAUAUUUUGAAACUUGCCUCUAAAAUGUAAAUGUUAGGCCUAUUCCUCCAAGGUACAGGUCAGUUUUGAUGAACCUGGCUUCUAGGAGGUUGAACCACAUUACCUUAAUUCCUCAGUGUUUAUUUACAGCGUUUAUUUCAUGUAGACAUUGAAAACUUUCAUGCAUAUUUUACCCUUUUAAUACCACAGGUAUAUGUGCAUGUACAGGCUUUAGCAAAUUCACACAACAAAACCUACAUCUUCACAGCUUACAAAAAAAUUAUGUACUUAAUGUCCCUAGAAUGUUUUAAUUGUCCCACAGAGGACCUUUACACACCUUUUACAGUGUUCGAGGUCUGAAACUAUUUGUGUGAAGGCAGCAUGUAUGGUUCUGGAAUAAAUAGAUCUCAUUUCAAUCCAUGGAUAUCCUUGUGACUGGACACUGGAUGAUAUGAUUUAGAAAUUCAGGAAUAUUUUAGGACUCCGAUUGUAUUUUGUACCAAUUUUCCUCUGCUUUAAUCCUGUUAUGUAUCUGAUUAUUGUCAUUUGUUUUACAAGAUGCUCUUAUACCAUGAAGGAAAAAGAAUCGGAAACAGGAUAUGGAAAAGGGGAUGAGGGGAAACUUGCUCUUUCUUUUUUCCUUUAGGCAUAAAAGUUGAGCAUAAAAUUGUAACUAUUUAUAAAAAAUACUUGAGGUAGAUAAUGCUGUAGAUUAAUGUGAAGUUCAUUGCAUAAAGUGUACAUUUGUUUUACAGAGCUUGUAUUCAAGCACAAGUGAUAUAGAUCUUCUGAAGACUGUUUGCUUUUGAUGAGCAAGAAGUUGAUAUAUAGUACGGUCAAAAUAUAUUUUUGUAGACAUGUAUAUUGUACAUUCAAUCGAAACAAAUAUCAGGUUUGUGUAUUAUUCAAGAGCAAUGUGAUUUAUGUGCUACAGAUUGAUUUUGAUGUAGCAAUGCUGGUAUAUCAGACCAUAAAGUCAAAUUUUGGAAGCCAAUGUGUUUUAAAGCCAUGUUUGGAAAAUUAAAACAAAUCACUGUUGUUUAUAUGGUGGAAUUAACAUUUAUGUUAAAUGCAUACUUUAAGCUACUUCGCAUUGAUUCAUGCAAAAAAUUUAGGUAUGUGGUGUUUAAAUAAUGCUGUGCCAUUAAAAGACUAGUAAACUUGACAUACAUUUUUCAUCAUGCCUUAAUACAAAUAAAUGUUUCCUUGAUGCAAACAAAAUUUAUGAACAUUUGAAUCAGGAUAGUAAAAAGAUGGCUUACUCUUUUAUUAGCUUAGGAAGUGUUAAACUUCAUAAAGAGAACAUAGGGAGGGUUUUAUUUUUAUAAGUUCAUGGUAGAAACGCAGAGGUUUGAUUCAGAAAUAGUUGUUGGAGGAAACCAGUAAUAAAAAACAAAAUUGUUGGAAUGUGAUUGGAUUUUAUCAAAGGUUUUUUUAACCGCUUGUGAAAAGCUUGCUUAGACAUCUUGAAUAAACUGUGCAUUCUAAGUGUUGCAGAGCAGACAAGCUAUUGUUCCCAAAUUUCUUAUUUUUACGUCCUGUGGAUGUAGACAAUAAGUAAUUUAUUAGACCUUUCACAACCACAUUUUAAGUUAAAUUUGCAUGGAGGCUUAAUCAUAAAACCAUAGCACAGGUUUGUGCUGAAGAUAUAGAGUACCGUAUCUGUAGUGUGAAACAAGAAAAGGUAGGCUUGUACAGAUAGUGAUGGGAUAUGGACUUCUAUAUGUCUGUGUCACUGUUUGGUCACUAU